UAAAAAUUUAUUUAAUGAAUUCUAAAACUAGGCAAAAUAUCACAGUGUUAACAAUAAUCAUUACUGCUAUCAUCGGUGGAUCCUUUUUAUAUUUGAGUUCGACAGAAAAACAUUACGGUAAUAACAAUUAAAUUAUCUAAUAAAGAAAGUAGUGAUUGCGUUUUAUUGAGAUCAUAUUCACAUUACUAUGGAAUAUUUUGUUUAACAAUAACAGCUUUUUUAAUGUUAAAUCAUAUAUAUCAUUAUAGAUUGUUUCUAUUAGCGUCAUUCGCACUCAAAGAUGAAAGUUGUAUGACUGGAGUUGAUCAAAUUUAACUCAUUUCUGGAAUUAUUGGAAUUAUUUUCGCCUUAUUACUUGCUGUACUUAUUCUUAUUUCAUUAGUACGCUCUUUAUAUAAAUGAGCCAUGCGGAAACUUAAGAAAAUUCACUUUGAUAUAUUUUAUAUUAGCUUUAAUAUUCUACUGUUUAGGAUGCUUUGGGAUGUGUGCUGGAUUAGGAAUAUUAAAUUAAUGA